AUGAAGUUCGGAGAGAUAACACACUCCAGUCACCCUCACCACAAGCUGCGGUACGAAUACGGGGAGGUACCUUUCAAGUGCGACGGCUGCAAGGAGGUGGGGAUCGGCUCCCGCUUCAAGUGCUCCCACUGCGACUACGACCUCCACCGGCACUGCGCCGCGCCGGCACAAUCCUCCAGCCCCGCCUUCUACCACCCGUUCUACAGGAAGUGCGCCUUCCAGUUCCUGACCCGGCCGCCGGGGGACGCGCAGCGCUACUGCAACGCCUGCCAGAAGGACGUCAACGGGUUCGUCUACCACUGCUUCAAAUGCGGCUUCGACCUCCACCCCUGCUGCGCCAACCUGCCCCACGCCAUCGACGCCGGCGGCGGCCUCUCCCUCUACCUCUACCGCAAGGUUGGCGCCCCCUGCCACCGCUGCGGGCGCAAGGGCCGCAGCUGGAGCUACCGCUCCACCUGCAAGAACUACAACCUCCACGUCGCCUGCGCCAUGGAGAUGCUAGUGGAUAGCUGGCAAGAGGUCUACUCCGGCGUCGGCGGCCGGGCGGACGCUCCGCGAAAGGCCGGCCGUGAAGGCGCCGCCACCGUGGACAGGAUCCCCCUCAUCAGGGGGACGGCGCAGAACCGGCACCGGCGCAAGGGGAAGGUGAAGCGAUGCUGCGAGCUGGCCGGCACGGCGGUGCAGUUCAUCAUCUCCGCUGUCCUCGGGGACCCCACCGUCAUCAUCGCCGGCGUCGUCGGCUCCUUCAUUUCCAAAUGA